AUGGCUUCAUCUUACAAUCCGCGGCUUUUCAUGCCCGGGUUCAAUGUAUUCUUGAACUGCAAGCCCGAUCAAAAUGUGAUGACAAAAUGGUUUCACGGCUUUCCUAAUGCGUUGGAUGGUCAAGCACUGCAAGAUGGCUACAUGAGCGACUUGGUAACCCACCGAGAAGUUCUGAUGAUGCGAGUGAUGAACACCAUUACCGAUAAGCCUCAGUGGGAUCAGAAGGUCUUUGACGAGGACAUCACCGCCAAAUGGCGUAACGAGGUUGCCCAAAGUGGUCAAGACGUGACUUCUAACAUGAUGGACUGGAUCAUCAGAGAGCUUCAAUGGAAAGCCAACAUACUCAAAAAGACUGGUUACGUUCGCGUCUUUGAUGUGGGUGUGGUGAAGUCCGAUACCGCCGUGUCGAAAGAGAUACAACAGGCGCUGAAAGAGGCGGUAAACCCCUUCGAGGAUAUGUCGGAGAAAGAUUACCACCCCGGCUCUGAUAGCAAAGUGGUUGAUCUGGUGCAUCCCUCGCUGUUCCCAGUGAUUUAUGGCCAAACUCGCGUGCUUCCGGACAGAACCAUUGAUCUUAACGACUGUCUAGGAAGCGUGGGACAAGGAGAUCUUGUCCCCAUUCCAUCGAGCCAAGAUUGUGCUCCAGUCCCGGAAAACCGAGCCUAUUACAACGAGCAAUUUAGGUUCAGUGUCUUCAGUGAUAAGUUUCAGUGGCUCCCGUGCGAUGUGGAGCUCGUCGAUAACGCCAACUGUCGAAUCAUAUCAUACAUCAAUAACGCCCACCCUGUUCAUCACAAGUCUCUCUAUGAGGUCGUUGAGAAAAUCAUUGCUCGGGCAAUCCCACUCUGGAACCGCAGUCUGUCCGUAAUCCAUAGUCCAAGAAUCGAGUACCAGAGGGUCGAAUAUGGUGAACAUCUAGACCCUGAGCCUGUUCAGAAUGAUGAUGACAGUGAUUUCGACGAAGAUGAUUUCUGGGAUGUCCAUCGCGAGUGGCGAAAUCGCCGUCCCAUUAUCCGUCCUGAGCCAGAUAGCUUUCAACCCCCACACGAAAGGCAUAGUGCGGAUCUACGAGAGCAAUUUCCCAACGCGAAGCUACAGAUCAUCGUGAAGCUGGCGAACAUCGAAUUGAGCCCAGACAAGCCCAAUUAUGAAGGAGGCUCUUGGCACAUUGAGGGACAGUUGAACGAGCGCAUCUGCGCUACCGCAAUCUACUAUUAUGACAGCGAAAACAUAACCGAUAACUCCUUGUCAUUUCGUCAACGCGGUAUGAUGGACAUGCUAGACAUUGUGUAUGAGCAAGGCGAGUACGCAUUCUUACAAGCCAUCUUUGGCUUUGGCGAGGAUGUCGAAGGCAACGGGAGUAACCGCGAUAUCACACAAAGCCUUGGAGCCAUUUCGUGCAAAGAAGGUCGGCUACUCACCUUCCCCAACACCGUCCAGCACCGUGUUUCCCCCUUCUCGCUAGCCGAUCCGUCGAAGCCCGGUCAUCGUAAGAUCCUCGCGCUAUUUUUGGUUGAUCCCCAUCGUCGGAUUAUCUCCUCAGCCAAUGUGCCUCCGCAGCGGGAGGAUUGGGCUCAUGAGAGACAAAGUGCUGUGAAUCAAGCUUUGGCAGAUCUACCAUUGGAGCUGCAGAACAUCGUUCAAGGUGAUUUGGAGCCCCUUGUGACCAUGGAGAAGGCCAAAGAGUACCGCUUGGAGCUCAUGGAAGAGCGUGGGCUCAGAUCAGACAAGCAAAAUGAGUGUUUUGAGGAGGGUGACUUCAGCCUAUGUGAGCAUUAA